CUUAGAGAAUAUAUGUGUAUAUAUAUCGCUCGACUCUGCUAAGCGAAACUGUCAGACGGCAUUGUAGAAUCGAAAGAAAUGAACGAACAAAGAAUGCUGCUCGCAAAUGGGAGGAACGGGUACCUAAAGGUUGAGGAGGAAGACAUGGCCGAGCUGUUGACCAUACAAAUCCAUAUGGCUCAGAAAAAUGCGGAGAAAGAUAGCGAGCAGCUGACUGCUGUAGUGACCACGCCAGAAAAAUGUAGCGGCGCUGCCAAUUCGACUAACCCGCUCCCGCUGAAAAAGGUGGAAAAUAUGGAUCAGGAAACCUGGCAGUGUUUGAAAUUGAACAAGCGGGGACCUGUGAACGUAGAUUUCAGGAACAUCACCUACUCUGUGCCAGAAGGCAUCAGAAAAAAGGGACGUCGUCGGUGAGUGGCAACAUCAUGAUCAACAAGAAAAAUCGCGACCUUCGCAGCUUUCGCAAGAUGUCAUGCUACAUCAUGCAGGACAACCACCUGUUACCGCACCUCAGCGUCAUGGAGUCGAUGAUGGUUUCCGCCAACCUCAAACUGCCGCAGUCGAUGAAGAGCGACCAAAAACUAAAAAUCGUGCUCGAGAUAAUGGGUACGCUCGGUCUUUCCGAGUGCAAGAACACGCGCACCUGUCGUCUGUCUGGCGGGCAGAGGAAGCGGCUCUCCAUAGCACAGGAACUUGUCAACAACCCACCCGUGAUGUUCUUUGAUGAGCCAACAAGUGGGUUGGAUAGCUCAUCAUGCUUUCAGUGUAUCGCACUGUUAAAGUCACUAGCACUGGGAGGCAGGACAAUCAUCUGUACAAUACACCAACCAAGUGCAAAGCUGUUUGAAAUGUUUAACAAGUUAUAUAUACUAGCAGAUGGACAAUGCAUUUACAAAGGCAAAACCAAAGGGCUGAUUCCAUUCCUAAAGUCAGAGUCACUGGAAUGUCCAGCAUAUCACAACCCUGCUGACUUUGUGAUAGAGGUCGCUUGCGGGGAGUAUGGCGAGUACGUGCCGAAACUGGUCGUGGCAAUCAAGGGUGAUAAGCAGGACCAGUUCCAAAAUGGUGACCACAAGCCGAUCAACAGCGACAGUUACAGUGGUCUGAGCGACCUGGCGAUGGGCAAGGAACUUCCGUACAUGCGCGAGACGGACAUCGUAGACACGAUCUGUGACACAAAGGUGCAGCUUAAUGGCAAAGGAGUGUGUGGGACUGAAACGACAAAGGAUCAGGAUGAUGAGGAUGCGAAGUUGUUGCCACCACAUCUACAUACGUUUGAAACAUCCUGCUGGACACAGUUCUGCGUCUUGUUCGUCCGUACAUUCUGGUCAAUCAUGAGAGAUGAGACGUUGACUCUGCUACGCUUCGUCUCUUGCGUCGUGGUCGGCGUCACAAUAGGCCUUCUCUACUUUGGCAUCGGCAACGAUGCCGGAAAGGUGUUCAACAACUGUGGAUCGUUGUUCUUCGGGCUGCUGUUCAUUAUGUUUACCUCACUGAUGCCGACGGUGUUAACAUUUCCACUUGAGAUGAAUGUGUUCGUGAAAGAGCACCUGAACUAUUGGUAUAGUCUAAAGGCUUACUAUUUAGCAAAAACAAUGGCUGAUCUACCGUUCCAAAUCAUCGUUCCUAUAGUGUAUGCAAGCAUCACGUACUGGAUGACGGCACAGCCUAACGACCUGCAGCGAUUUCUCUUGUUCUUGGCACUGAUCACCUUGACAGCGCUCGUUUCACAGGCGCUCGGACUACUAAUUGCUGCUGGCUGCACCUUACAGGUGGCCGUGUUCCUCGGCCCGAUCACGGCCAUUCCGAUCCUGCUCUUCAGCGGCUUCUUCGUCAGCUUCAAGACGAUACCAAAGUACCUGCAGUGGCUGUCGUACAUGUCGUACGUGCGCUACAGCUUCGAGGGCACUUUGCUCGCGCUCUACGGCAACGGGCGCGAGCUCCUCGACUGCGAUGAGACGGAGGAGACGAAGCGCAUCCAGUGCAUGCACUACCGCGACCCGAAGAACAUCCUCGAGGACAUGGACGUCGACGGUGGCGACAUCUACGUCGACUUCCUCGUGCUGCUGCUCAUCUUCGCGCUGCUGCGUCUCGGCGCUUACAUCGUGCUGCGCUGGAAGCUGCGCAUGACCAAGUGAACGUCCGUGCAUGACCAAGUGAACGCUCGUGCUGCGUGCCGCGAUGGAAGCAGCUGCGCAUGACCAAGUGAACGUCUCUGUGCCGCGCUGGAAACUGCACAUGACCAAGUGAACGUCCGUGCUGCGCUGGACGCUCCGCGUGACCAAGCGAACGUCUGUGCACGUCGCCCCGGCGCGUACAUUGUCCUACGCUGGUAGCUGCGCACGACCAAGUGAACAUUCGCACGACGUCAGCGGCGCACAGGGCAGAGAAUGAUCUGAGUGAUGUAUCGGUGGGUGAGGGGGUGGGGGGUUGGGGGAGGGGGGAAGUGUGAUCUCAGAUCUGUGUUUACAUAGCGGCUGGAAUGGCGCGUUGCACGCGUACCGAACCGAGUACGGUUUCUGAAAGGUGCGAGAUUUCUGUGUUUCAACACUCACGUUUCUUUUGAUCCCACUGAGAUGUGUUUUUCGCAGAAACGAUGGAGAGCACUUGUUGAAGUAGGCGACUAUGUAGGAUGUAACGUUAGAGAUCAGUGCAUGACUAAUCAUGACAUCUCACCAAAAUAUCACGUCACAAAAUAAUCUUAGUUUAUUCAUACGCAUGUAUAUAUAUGAUUUUGGUAUAUACAUCCUAAUAUUAUAUAGAGGAGUUUGAGAUAUACGCUAACGAUGUAACUUAUCUUCACUGUAAACACAUUUAUUUUACUUGGUGAAUAGUUUAUGAGAGGAGCAUUUUUAUGUCAUUGGCUCCAUUUUUACCAACCUUUUGUCGUACAAUGAAUAUAUGAACAUUAUAUCAUCCGAUGAUGUGUUGCAGUGUCACUUACAGUUUUCAGAUUUCAACUCUGCGCUAGGCAAAGUGGACCAUAUUUAAUACGUAACCCAGUCUUUUUGUUGAACCAACCAUGAUUAUCUAGUUGGUCUGCACCUUGUCACAGCCUGGAUAAACAUGCAGCGGAACAUUUUAACAUCAUCGAUUUUGUAUAUAAGAUACACACGAAGACACGGUAACGUGCAAUUCAGUUUCUGGUGGCUUUAAUUCGGGUGAUUCGGCUCUGCUUGUAUACUUGAUGCAAAUUGACACCGUUUGCGUCAAUUCUACAAACACUUACCCUCUAAUAUAUAUAACUCUGCUUGCUGUCGAAUGGUAGGGUUUCUUUUUGAGCUCGAGCUUAUACAACAUAGCAGAUUUAGCCUCGAAAUGGCCUGAAUCUAUGUAGAUAUCAUUGUACAGUAAUCGUUAGGGUAUAAACAAGCAGUAGCAAUGCAAUUGUGUGAUAUGUAACAGAAAUGUGAGCGUGGACUAAACAAUGCAAUGUAUAUAACUAUCGGCGAUUCGCAAUUUGUUACCUUGUGUUCGACGUACAAAAUAUACAGGAUGCAAGACGCUUCUAAACUCAUGAAGCAUCUUUGCAACGCAAAGUUUCCCAUUGAAUCGCAGACAGUACGUGUUAGUACGCGACUAACACAAUCGCAUCUUUGGAAAAUGUGAAAAUUUGCCUUUCCGAUCAUUACCUCUGAACUAUUACGGCGAUAUACUGAUGAUUGCAUUCAUUCGUACCUUCGCACCUCUAACCACCGGCUCGUACGUACGUGGUGAAUGGUUGUUAGAACGUUGCGACUCUCCUGAAUGGAAUCACAACUAUAAACGGGUGCGGUUAGUAAUAAUUACAUACGUAGA